AACGAAGGAGAGUGCUGUAACCAGAAGUGCGCGCCACUGUGGGUUUCUGGAACGCGUUGCCGCCGACGUCGCGGCCGCGUUUCACUGCUGCAUCCGCAUGAUCCGACGGUGCGGCUCGCAAUCGAGUACAUGUUUUACUUGCUCGUGCAAUAGACGAUCGUCGUGCGGUGCGUGUGUCCGUGCGUACCCCAAAUGUUGGUACUGACCUGACGACGCUUUUUCCAUGUAGCUACUUUUGGGCCGACGUAUGUUUCCAUCGUCGUAGCACGAGAUGGCGUAGUAGCUUGGCCAUCUAUAUAUAUAAUAGUACAUACAACACUUCGUCACGCACCGUACGUACGCCACAAAACAGCGACAACAAUCAUGGCAACGAAAAAAGGUAACGCGUCCGCCGGCGUCACCACGGUCGUCACAACACCAUCUUCCUCCUCUUACGUAGCAUGUGGGCUGGUUCCACAGAUGGUGGACGUUAUGCGUUGGCCGUGAUCGCGUCUUUAUCUGUUGUCCCUGUUUCCAUCCAUGGCGGCUGCAUCAGGGGCAGCCACCAUUGACGACUCACUCGCGGCCAGAGCUAAAGCUCCGUCUGUCUGUCUGAUUGUCUGUCUGUCUGUCUGUCCGUCUGUCUGUCUGCCCGCCUGCCUGCCUGCCGAAGCCAUUGUUGUCGUUGGAGUCGCACUAGUGGCAGUGAUGCCGCUGGCUGCUGUUCGUGGCGACGGUGGCAGCAGAACGCGACUCUGUGCGCAUUUCGUGUGUCAGCGCUUUCCCCUUCUGUGGCCGACGGCAGCGGCGGCGGCGACGGCGGCGUCCGAACCGCGGGCCGGGGCGAGCAUGCUGCUAUCUUGCUGCUGGGUCGCGGCUUCAUUUUGCCAGAGGCCGUGGCGACGCGCGCGUGCUGUAAGGAUUGCGCUGCGUCGCUACGUCGGCCGGCCAGGUAGCGAAUACCGUUAUGCGAUAGAAAUGUGGUCGCAAUGCUAGUAGCAACUGUCGUUCAUCUAGGCUUGUUACAAUUAUACGGUGUUUGUUAUUGUGCUAUCGGAUAGGGUAGAGACUGUGUUCAAGUUGGGAGAAAACUCUUUUCUUCGCAAAGGAAAAAGAUGCACCUGCAAGCGUAGCUGUGCACGUGUGCAAGCGAGGAAUAGAUGCUGUGUGUGUUUUUUCCUCAUCGACGAAAGGCACAAUUGAAGCACAGUUAGAGGAAGUUAACAAAGUUGGUUUUGACAUACGUGCAUUCGUACCGCCACUUAUGCUGUGAUAACGAAAAACAUCGAUAAUGGCCUUGUUCCGUCCAAACUGGGUCGAAUUAUGGCUCGACUGUACCAUCAGAGCCCAGUUUUGAAUUCUGCGACACCGUAGGUGUCCGCUAAUCUCGUUAGUGAGAAACUUCCCAAGUGCUGUCACCCACGUCCUAUCAUCCUAUUUGAUUAAUGAAUUUAAACCUGGCGUCAGUUUACCGCAGUGCCAUUUCUGUAAACUGGUAAAAGACCAAUAGGCGCAACAAUGACGAGAACGAUAAGACGCCGUCGUUACCGGACAGUAAAAGUUACUUUGCUAUAACUUGUACAGCAAUAACAUCCAGACUGUGAUCAGCAAUUGCAGCUAUGCUACGUCAAUACCUAACGGAUGAACUAGAAGUGUGACCACCUUUAGAGUGAGCCUUUUACAAUGGAUACUAUGAACUCUUGCCCCUGUCAACACUUUGUGUAUAUGUUCAUAUUGGUAACAGUAACCUCAUCAUUGCGUUAGGAUUAGUAGUGGUGGUGCCGGUAUCGGUGGGAGUGGAUUACGCCAUUUUUGCCACGAGACUGAUUUCGACCUGUUAUUUCGAGACGACACCUUCGAUAUUUGUUUACAUUGUGCUCUACCGGAACACAGUGGGCGUGGGUGGGUGUGUGCGUGUUUGUGGGCGUGUGUGAUUCUAAAUAGAAUUGCACUUCUUCGCAGUUCCGAAGUUCCAACAAAAAGGUCCAGUAUGUUGAUCGUGACAGCGCAAUCCCGGCCUCCCUCGCCGUCGCCCAGUCCCCCGCCCACGUCUAAGGCCAGUGCCCAUACUCACACCCAUAAGGCGUUGAAGGCGCAAGCAAAACAUAAGUUUAAGGAACAGCAAGCGGCUCUUAAACAUUCGCUCGCGGUGUCAGCCUGCAUCUCGGAGAUCACCCCUGUGUGCGCACCACACUUCAAAUCAAAGGCCGCCCGAGAUUAUCUUCAGCUCAGCGGCCAUCAUCUCGACCGUCUCGAAGAUCGGCUGGCGGUGGUCAGUGUGGUGCCCCCGGGCCGGUUAACGCCACCCUCAUCCGAAGAAGAAAGUCCAGCUGAACCACAACAGCAAGACGAUAUCGAGCACCUACGACAGUUUAAUCAUCUUGUACGACAGCGCCACCAGCGCCUUACGUACACCUCCACCCUGGCCGAAUCGGACGGGUUUGCCGUCGCCCCCUUAGCCCCCUCCCCCAAGGCUCUACUUGAAGUCAAGCUGCGGGCUGGCGCCGUUGCAGCGGCAGCCGCUACGCUGGCGCCCAAGAUGAGUCUAUUUCAUGAUAUCAAACUCAAACGCCGCAAGGUCGAUUCGCGCACAUCAAGCGAUGGGGAGGGCUCCACUUCGACGGAAGGUUCAAGCCCCCCGCGCAGCACCUCCCCAGGUGAGGCCGAAGGGGAGAAUCUAAGUGAAUUCUCUGAGAAAAUAGUGCAUAAAUUCGAGACUCCGCCAACGGAUGAUGACUACGAACAGCCGUCGAAAGUGGCUAAGAUCGAGGAAGGACUACAGGCGAAAACAACUGAAAGGGGAUCGGUACAGCCUGCACGGCCAGCGCGGACGAUUCUAGAGGAAGCUCUAACAAAUGGGCCGCCCCCAAAGGCUCUGCCGCGAAUAAAAGUCAAUGGACAUAGACAAGAAAUGAACGGUGAUGCAAAUAGCGCGCUUACCGGCGUCAGGCGAACGAAGGGGUCUACCACAACGAUAGGGAGCAGCGACACUAGCGAGUCGGAUGGUGGUUCAAGCUCAAGUAGGAAUUCGCCGCAAACCCCAGAGACAGCAUCGACGCUCAUCAGUAGUCCGGGCGGUUCGGAAGGAUCCGUGAGCUCCGACCGGACGGACAAGUCGUCGUCAUUGCUGUUGAUCAGUUCUGAGAAAUCGGACAGUUGUGAAAAACAGGCGCGAAGUGGACUGGAUGGUCUGGCCGAGAUCGCGACCGAAAUUGCCAAUGGGUUAAGGCCCGAUGUGCCGACGAAGGGAACCCUCCUUGAGGCGUCUCUACGACGACGGCCGUGUCGCUCGGCCGCAUCCAGUCCUCGGCUCGCCCAAGAUCGUGCAAGUCCCGUCUACCGUGCUCCAUCUGCACCCUCGCAGGGUCUCGGCAGCGCUGUGGGGCCGUGGGAGCCAAGCGGAACCAUAUCAGGAUCAAAGAGUGCAUUCGUAAGACCAACCGAUGCCCCGCAGUCACCGCUGGCCGGCGACGCUGAGCACGGAUUGGCCCUACUGCGCCUAAUGUCGCGCUACCGUCAGCAAGUUGCAGUCACGAACGGCGGCAGCCCGGCAGCAACAGCAUCCAGCACUCCGACUUCAGUGAACGCGACCACGUCAGCAGCUGUAGCAGCAGCUGCACACGCUGUCGAGCUUUACAAUGGUACAGGUGGUAGCAGCAGCGGUAGUAGUGUAGGAAGCAAUGGUAAGACAGCGGCUUUGCUAUGGCCUCCCCAAAACGUUAAUACAGUAAAAAGUAGCAGUGAUGAAAGCUCAGUGGUAACUGUGUCAGGAACAAGAGAAUCCGUUUCACCAACAAGAUCGCCGGUGUUAUACCUGGACCGGGUAAGGAAACGCGUAGUUGUUUCGGAAGAGUCCCUUGGUUGCUCAGAAGACGGACAAGCGCAACAACAGCAGGAACCUCUAUCGACGCGACUGCAAGCAACAACAGCGGCAGCGGCGGCGGCGGCGGCGGCGGCUCAUGGUCAGCCAAUACUAGCCGAAAGACUUCAAGAAAGGCAAGCCUCGGUUCCGCAAAUGUCCCGCCUGCAGUCACAACUUCUAGGCGAACAACAGCGGGUACGCUAUCCGCCUGUAGCUAGUAACCCGAACCCCCAGCCGGGCAUACAACAGCGGCCAACGUACCCGCGGGGAUAUAGCUCCCCAAAUCCAAGCCCUCCUUACCCGCUCCUGGCUCCCGCGCCGGCAACUCUUCGUACGAGUCCAUCAGUGAUAUAUCCUACCAGUGAUAUGGCUUCCUUCACACAGGCCCAAACAUCCAAGUCUCCGCUGACGGCUGAGGGAAACCCCUUCCGGACACAGUGGCCGCCCGAAUCUCCGAGUCCCACUGGCGCUCUGGGGGCACUCAACCUGACAGCGGUGAGUAGGGAUCAGCAAGGAAGUAACUUGGUUGCAAUUAGGCAGCGUGAUCGUGAACCACAACAGCAGGCAGGAAAUACUGAUGAUGAAGAACAGCCCAUGAUUUGUAUGAUCUGUGAGGACAAGGCUACCGGUCUUCACUACGGAAUCAUCACCUGCGAAGGGUGCAAAGGAUUUUUUAAACGAACAGUACAAAACAAACGCGUAUACACAUGUGUUGCUGAGGGUAACUGUGAAAUCAAUAAAGCUCAAAGAAAUCGCUGCCAAUACUGCCGCUUCCAGAAGUGUUUGUUCCAGGGCAUGGUUCUAGCCGCUGUUCGCGAAGAUCGAAUGCCCGGAGGCCGCAAUUCAGGCGCAGUGUACAAUCUCUAUAAGGUAAAGUACAAGAAGCAUAAAAAAAAGACGUCGGCACCGACCACCGGUCAAACGAACGGAGGCGGCACCGGAAGUCCUAAGCCCUUUGGGCCUCCUCAAACACCCAGUCCGCCCAACGGCAGUUCGACGAACAGUUCGGGACUUAUCGGGCAAACAUUGCUUUCAUCACCCUCACCGAAAGCAGCGUUAGAGUGGACUGCCGCAAGUCCCGCUCAACAACCUGGAACUGUCAUUGCCAACCCAUCGGUUACCGGUGGCAUUCUCAAGACGGCUCUGACGGCCCCCAAUCAGUUGGUGCACCUUCGAAAUCAAAGCAACCCACCCCAACAGCAACUGCAACAACAUCAACCCAGCAUUCAACAGUGCCCAUCUUCUUUAGGUGCGAGUUCGACGCAAUCUGUACGGCAGCAAACUCAUCAGAGUCAGUCACCUUCGCUACAGCAGCAGCAGCAGCAGCAGCAGCAGCAGCAGCAGCAGCAGCAGCAGCCCUCCAUGGCGACGCAACGGACCAGCGAGCCUAUCGUUACGCUCCAUAGUAACCACACGAACCAACUUCACCAUCAACAACAGCUUCACUAUCCAACAGCUGUGAGCAGCAGUAAUUCGCAUCACCAUCCCUCAGUUGGGACUAUACCAGCGGUGGCUGGGGUAGUUCCAGGUCAAGAGGUGUCUAGCAGCCAUAGCGGACUUACCGGCAGUAACAGUAGCGACAAUAGGAGUACGAACGCCGUUGCCAGCAGUGGCAUGAUUAUCGGGAAUACGUCACAGCAUGCGCCAUCAUUAGUAGCAAAUAGCGCAAUGGCUAAUAGCAAUAACACUGCCAGUGUAUGCCAUCAUAGUGCUACGAGUCUCACGAGUACGCUUAGCCAACCCAAACCUCAACCGCCGACGCCUAGCGAGGCGCUGCGACUCAUCCAUGAACUGAUUGACUGCGAUGACUUUGAAGAUGUUGCGACCCUGAACAAUAUGCAAGAUCUCCUUGUGGAUAAACGGGGUGCAAUGAACGGUCCUAAUAGGGGCAAUGACGGUCCUACUGCUGCUGGACAGUCAGACUGUCGCGCAGUUGAGCUGCCUGACAAAUUGUGUGAAAUUGGCGACAACAUCGUCUAUAAGCUAGUGCAAUGGACAAAACGGUUACCCUUCUAUCACGAAAUCCCACUCGCCGUACACACACAGCUGUUAACGCAUAAAUGGCAUCAGUUACUCGUUUUAACAACGGCUGCAUAUCAAUCGGUCCACUUGCCUGCCCGUUGCCCUCAGAGUCAGACGGAUCCGUCCGCCGAAGACCGCGAAGUCUCCGCUGCCCUCCAUGAUCUUCAAGGCAGUCUGACGGCACUCAUGGGUAGACACAUCGGAAUGGACCAAUUGGAACAGGAGGCAGGUGAACUAGUCGACAAGCUGACCCGAUUAGCACUUUGUCUGAGGCGCGGUGAAGUAACAAUGGAAGAAUACGUUUGCCUUAAGGUACUCACAAUGCUAAGCCACGAAGAGUCGCAGAGUGCACUGACGCCAAUCAAAGAACGCUAUAUGGGUGCUCUCCGGUCUCACUUGGCUGCAACAAAAUCUUCACAGCCUAUCCGAUUAGAUUAUCUAUUAGGGUUAUCGCGGCUAGUAGAGGGAGCUGCGGAACUUCUGAUGAAAAGCAAAAUGUUUUAUGUGCCCUUCCUGCUCAAUUCGGGCGCGUGCAUCGCUAAGCUACACUCAAACUGCCCUAGCAGCAUUGGCACCCCAGUAGCACACGGCAGUUGUGACAAUGAGCCGCUCGCAUCCGUGGUCGAAUCUCCUGAGUUAACAGGUGUCCAACGCUAGGAUUUUUAUAGACUUGUAUUCUUCCGAAGAAACAGUUCAUUUGGAUGCGAGCAUGUCUCAGGGAUAGAGCAACUCCGUACCACCUUUCGGAGGACUAGCAGGACCAACUUGGUCUGCUGACUGAAAACCGAAACGAGCCUCAAAGCUUAUGGAUAAGGAAUAUUAGAGACUGCGGCCUUAGCAGUCCCAGCAAUUAAUUGGCCGACAUCGCAAUCCUCCUCCGUCAGCUAUACUCUCAUGAAGCAGAAAAGUGAGCAGAACGAACGAAGCAUUGUUAAACGUGUCAAAAACCCUGAUUAAGAGAUGCGACCUCCGGCUGAGCGCUUGCCUACCACCACAAACGGUUAAGGACAUAACCGAUAUUGGCUAUUAGUAAUCUAACGAUGUGAAAAUGUCCAAGCGUGGUUUUUUUUACUCAAAACGAUACGCAGAGCGUAGCGUCAGGGUGACGUGACAUUUUGGUGUCUUAAGGUUUGGAGGAAUUGAUUUAUGGAAUCACGCAUCAAGAGGAUCUUCAUUUCAAUUGUAUUUAUGUUGGAAGCAACGAGUCACUGGUCUGUGUUAUCUGUGCUUUGGCUAUUUUUUGUUUCUAUAACUAUGACGAUGCUUAUGGCCAGUAGCAGCAGCAGGCAGGCAGGCAGGCAGGCAGGCAGCAUAAUAUCACGGUGGUAGAGCUCCGCUGUACAAAGCUUGUGUAUAUUUCUAUACAUACAUACCGAUACAUAAUACAAUUAUAUAUUACACACAAUAUCUACACAUGAGGAAACGUUCUGCAGAAAUAACGAUAUAGAUAAUAACACGCCAUGUGCUUUGAAUAUGCUCGCGUCAAGAGAGACGACGAUUUUGGCGACCGUUGCUGCCACGACGACGACGACGACGACGACGACGACGACGACAACGACGACGACGACGACGACGAAGAAAACAGCAGUAGCAACAAGAAUAAGCAAUAUUGCUACUUCAUUUGUUGCGAUUAUAGUACUCGAAUCUAGAGCAAUUCGAAGGAAGCGAUUGAAGGUUUAAAGUUGAAUUUUUAACGUUCGAAGCGAAAUGAAAAUUGGAUGUGAAUGGAUGAGCUGCAGCACUGUGAAGUAUAUUGUAUUAUUCGUAGAAAGCAUAAUAAUAUUAUGGAGGAAAAUUAGAGACGGAUGUCUACUGAGAAAAGAAAGCUAAGGCGGCAACGACGGCGGCGACGGCGACGGCGACGGCGACGACGACGACGACAAAGCAGCAGCAGCAGCAGCAGCAGCAGCAGCAGCAACAGUUGCAGCUAAAGUGUACGAUGACGGCAGACGGGAUUGUGAUAGCGUUCCGAUGGACGUGAUAUAAACGAAUCAAAUGAAAUGCUACAGCGAAAGCCAAAAUUCUCAAGGAGUUCUACCCACAUCAGAAAAGGCAAAAUACGGAAAACUACGAUGAAAAACGCUCAGUGCUAGAUACUAAUAAGCAAUGGAAAAAGUAAAAAUAACAACAAUGCUAAUAAUAAUCGGUUCUCCGCGUGUUCUAUUUUUGCUUAAAUAUUCCCUGUGUCAAAUUGGGUGACAGGUUCAAUUUUAUGCCGCGCCAUUUGGGGUCCUAGCUAGGCCGAUUUAGGCCCAAAUUUUACCAAAUACUAUGGGGCGAACACUCGUGUACUGCCAGUCCUUCCCGCUUUCAUAACAGACUAUUUCUCUAACAAUUCCCCGUGUGUGCAACCUAGUCAAAUUAAGGUGUCACCGUGCUAACGAUGAAUCAGUUUUGUUAAGCGUACCUAUUUUUUUGGGUUCACGUCAGUCACUAGAGCUAGCGAAGACUGUCAAAGAGAUCGAACAGCAAAAAUACGGGGACAGUGAGUGAAUUCUAUAGAUUUUUAUUUUCAAUUAAGCUGGAUCCUGAAAAUAUACGAUCCUCCCAAACACGGUAUCGCUUUAUUGGCAAGGUCUUCGAUCAUCUCCGUUUACUAUGCCAAAUAGAACCUGUUAUUCGCAUCUGUUCACCACAGAGUGUAAGCUACGUAAGGUACAUACCAAUAGCCCAUUAAAGGCGAAAUUUCUAAUUGUGUAGCUGCCUCCAUCGAUCCUACAUUGUUUUCCUAUUGCUUCAUAAUAACGUUGAGCUGACUUGGCGUAAGUAAGUUGUCUACUUAAGAACUUAGUGUACGUUCGUCGAACCAAACUCAAUUCUAAUGAUGUAUAUCGAAUAAGAUAAACCUGCUGGAGAGAUUCAAUCAGCUACUAAGCACUGCCAUUGCCGAACAGCUGGAUAUUACGUCGAGGCGAGGAUGGGUCCAACGGAGGAGACCAGAGAAGGGAAAAGAACUUGUUAAUUUAUUACCAGUAAAUCAAGCUAUUAUAUCUUGUUGCGCUGAUGAGCGGUUAGUUAAAGUUUUGCGGCUCACCUCUGCUAAGUUGACGCUUCUUCUUCAUAGGCCUCGCUACGAGCUAGGUAGUUUUUUUUUUUUUUUUUUUUUUUUUUUCGAUAUAGUAUAGUUAGUCGCUCAUACAGUCUAAUUAACUGUUUGACAAUAAUUAUUAAGUCAUAUUAUUUUUGCUGCCAUCAUCUUUCGUAAUGCAACAACGAACUAUCUGUAGCGCCUUUAGUACAUACCACACUUAUCCUCCCCGUACAAAAGCCAUAGAACCUGACCUAUAGCGAGGGAAAACUGCCCGCUGUGGUCCUUUUGACAAAAUACAGCUAAAUCCACUGCCAAACAAGUUAGGUAAGCAUUUUACUAAUCAAAAACAUAAUUAUCUAGAGUUUUUACGAAUUCCUCAGUGACUACUUCGAUGGUAACACUUCAGAGCCAUGCACGAUUACCGGUCUAAACGAAGUAUCGCCAGCGAAACGAUAAGCAGAGAAUUUAUAGCAUCGUUUUUACUGUGAACGCUGAUGCGCUCGCUAUGGGCAAGGCUGUACUGUUACGAGGCACGAGUUACUCGUAUGGAUGUCCACGCCGUUAGAAUUGGGACUCCUACAUAUGUUAAUACACCCAUGUGUAUCAAUCAAGGAAGGGGGGCUGAUUGAUGCUCGCUGUCCGCUUCUUCUCGACUAAUGUUACUCGACUCAGUAGGCCGUAGAGAAAAAGGCGAGCCUUCGAUUCAUUACUCAGUACUAUUCAGACGCUAGAAGUUCUCGAGCGCGUUUUGAGCGCGACCAACCGACCGCGGUCUAUGACGUAAUUACGAUUCACGUAGGUAUGUUACGUAAAUACACAGACAAUGAUCGAGUGGAAUAUUGACGGAAGUCGUGCCGGCGGCAACUGGAGCCAUACGUUUGGAUUUUGAAUUGUGUCACUUUAGGUAUUUUCGUAUGACGUAUAGAUAAUAGAUUGUCCAGCAAUCCGUGCAGCGUAAAGGUCUGUCUGUGGUGAACGUACAUGGUGGGAAUGCGAAUGACGGGUUGUACAAUUGGCUUCUGUAUUAUUGUCUGGAGUAGACGAGCAAAAUUUCUUACAUUCCAAAUAAAAUGUUACCUAUAUGUAUGUAUGGUGAGCUGGGCACGUCAUUGAUCCGUCUUUGUUUUGCGUUGCGCAGAGCACUAGUGAUCGAUGAGUGAGUGGAUUGACGUAAAAACGAAACAUUUUUUUUCGCCCAUGUAAUAGCCGUGUGUAUUGUAUAAUAUAGCAGGGUUUUCGUGUGUCUGUUUGUAAAGGUGUUAUUAUUACUGUAAAGCAAAGACAUCAUUUAGCUACAGUCGAUGAAUGGCUGCACGUGGACGUAGCGCGUAUAUAUAUAUAUAUAUAUAUAUAUAUAUAG